UGUGCUUUGGGAUUCCGUAAGCUAGUGCUGUGCUCAAUCCAUGGUUUUUGGGUGGAUCCAACUAACCGGAGCAUUUCGGCUUGUUUAGGCGCAUCUGACGGGAAAAAAUAAAAAAGCGCGGCUGCUUGAUUCAGUCUCAUAGACUCUACCUCAGCCACGUGCCAUUCGACGUUGCCCAACGUUGCUUCUGCGACUUACACUUAAGAAUAGUCUUCUCGUUUGCCGAGAGCUUCUAUUAGAUUGAAGCAGCCGCUUGCUGCUGGUGAAUUGCCGCCUAGCUCUAACCGUUAUCUUAGUCCCCUCAAACUGACACAUUCGCCAUAGUAUUCGUAGCAGUCAUAGAAUUCAUAACAGUCAAGACCCUUGUGUGGUACGGAGGCACACCUCGCUCUCCUAAACCAUAGUCGAGCCCCACCUUUUGCAAAUCCUCCACGUCUUACUUCUCAAGGGUCCGAGUUUCUUUACCUGCACCCCUGCUAAGCCAUUGCCAGUUGCAAGGAACAUUGCAGAGGGGCGGCGGAAGGGGCUUUCCUGGAUUAUUGCGAAGCGCGAACCCGCAACGCCCCCGGAAGCCGCACACUUCCUGAUCAGAUCUCUCUCGCUGCUUGGAGCUCUCAAUCAUUCGCUACAUCCAAUUCAACUCUCUGUCCACUGCGCGAGCAUCCUCUAACCCUACCGGAGUAGUAAUGGCGGUCGAGGUGCUGCAACCUCCCGCCGGAUAUGGCGGCGGCUGCAGCGGGGGGGGAGGAGGGGCAUGCGGCGGGUUACCCAUCACGGGCCGCGAUAUAACCAAGGAUUACGAUCUAGGCGCGCGCCUUGGUAAGGGCUCGUUCGGCGCUGUGCACGAGUGCCGCAAUCGGCACACGGGGUUCCGAUACGCGUGCAAAGUGAUCGACAAGCAGCAGCUAAGAGACGACGCUGACGUGGAGGACGUUCGGCGGGAGGUGCGGCUGCUGAAGCAAAUGGCGGGGCAUCCUAAUAUCGUGGAGUUACAAGACGUUUUUGAGGACGAGUCGCGCGUGUAUUUGGUCAUGGAGCUCUGCGAGGGCGGGGAUUUAUUCGACGAGAUCAAAGGCCGCGGCCCGUUCGACGAGAAAGACGCGUGCGCCGUUUUCCGUCAGCUCGCGACUGCGGUAGCUUACUGCCACGCGCAAGGCGUCAUGCACCGGGACUUAAAGCCCGAGAACGUCCUUUUUCUCACGCCCGCGCCUGCGGCCGAUACCAUCACUGACGGGUGCAGCACGAGCAGCGGCAGCAGCAGCGAUGGAAUCACAACCAACCACCGGGGCAACGGCAGCAGCCGCGGCAGCGGGAGCAGCGCCAGCAGCGGCAGCGGCCGCAGCAGCAGCCCCAGCGGCCGGCCGCGCUGCAGCAGCGGCCGCAGCAGUGGGGAAGACGGCGGGGGCGGCGGAAGCGGAGAGUUGGCCAAGCGGCAACUACGGCCGAUUUCUACUAAGCUCGCGGAUUUCGGCCUCGCGAUCGAGCUAGGGCCGGGGGAGACGGCGACAGGACUUACGGGGAGUCGAUACUAUACCGCUCCGGAGAUGGUUCGGGGGAAGCGUUACGGCAAGCGCGCAGACGUUUGGUCCCUCGGCGUGGUUCUCUGCACUAUACUUACCGGCCGUCUGCCGUUCGCCGGUAAAACUCACGGCGACGACGAGGGGCUCAAACGGUCGAUCCUUCGUGGGAACAUCAACUUCGACGCUGCCGUCUGGCGACACGUGUCGUCGCUGGCGAAGGAUCUGGUCCGUCAGAUGCUGACGGUGGAUCCACGUAAGCGUCCGAAAGCGCGCAACGUGUUGGAACACCCAUGGUUGAAAGUCCAAUGCUGCGGCGCGCCCGCGUGCGCGCUCAACAGCCGCGCAUCGUCUCUCAACGGCAGCGCCGCGGGCUCCGCCGGCGGCAGCGGCGGCAACGGGUCCGCCGGAGGCGGCGGCGGCGGGGUGGGCGGCGGAGGCGCGGGUUGCGCAACGGCCGCGGCGGCGGUUCCGGGGAGGGGCGCGGAGGAGCCGGCGCUAGAGGAGGCGUGGCCCGUGGCGAGUCGGCGGAGCCUGACGCAAUUCUCGGACGCGUUAGAGGAGUGGAAGGAGCGGGAGAAGGAGGAGCAGCUGGAGCAGCUGCAGCGGCAGCAGGCGCUGCAGGAGAUGCGGCGGGAGCAGCAGCGGAUACGGCAGCAGCAGCGCCUGCACGAGCAGCAGGAGCUGCAGCAGCUGAACCCGUACCUGAAGCAGCAGCAGGGAGGGAAGCAGCCAGCGCCGUUAUCGGCUCCCCAAUCCCCCGUGUCGUCGCCGCGGCUGCCGUCGCAGGCGCAAGGUCCGACGAUUCACGCGCAGAUUCAGCAGGCGCCUCCGCCUCCGCUGCAGGCUCAGCCGCAGCCGCAGGCGCAGCAGCAGCGGAAGGUGAAGCUCGUCCCCCUGAGCGUUGUCGUGCCCGAGCUUCUGGAAUGCCCCUCCGCUGAACGCCUUCCGCGCACGCCCAUCUCCCCCGCACUCACCCCCGCCGGCACCCCCGCGCUCACCCCCGCAGGCACCCCCGCUGGCACCCCCACCCCCUCCAAGUUCGACCUCCCCGGAACCCUUUCCCCCCCGCCCGAGCCCCUUCCCAUGCCCUCCCGCCCGCAGUCCCCCGCCGGCCCGCUCUCCCGCUCCACACACGCGCGCCCUGUGGCAGCGGCAGCCGCCGCCGCCCUGGCUGCUGCGGCCGCGGAAGGCUGUCGGCGCGCUCUGUUCUCGUCAACGCUUGGCGGAGCCCCCCCGUCGGGGGGAGAGAGAGUACACGGGGGAAGUACGCACGGCGGGGAAAGGGCGCGCGGGCAUAGCGGCUGGCACGGGGGGCAGAAGCGGCAAGGAUCGCAGGGGCAGCGGGCGGAAGAAAGUGUGUCUAGGCGCGGGCAAGGGCAGGGAUACGGGGAGGGGAACGGAUCCUACCGCGGACAGGCGAAUGGGCAUGGGCAUGGGCAUGGGCAUGGGCAUGGGCAUGGGCACUUGUCGGUGUUGAGUGUUAACGUGGGUGCGGCCCUGGCUCCGCUCUCUCUCAUUGCUCGUAGGGCUGCUGGUUCGUACAAGAGGCAUGCAGCGAACCAUGCACCCUCCUCCUCCACCCACGCUUCUGGAGCUCCUGGUGCUGCUGCUGCCGCUGGUGCUGCUGCCGCCGCUGGUGCUGCUGCUGCCGCUGGUGCUGCUGCUGCCGCUGGUGCUGCUGCUGCCGCUGGUGCUGCUGGUGCCGCUGGUGCUGCUGCUGCUGCUGCUGCUGCUGCUUCUGGUGCUGCUGGUGCUGGUGUUUCAGCCAUCUCGUCUGCGCCUGCCUCUCUUCCAGCUCGCCCCAGUGCAAUGCAAGCGCCAGGGACCCACGGCUCAAACAAGGAGAACAACGGAGGGAGCGGGGCUGCUGCACCCGUGGCAGGGAUUGUCGGGGAAACAAGAGGCGGAACCAGUGGAGGAGGGGGGGAAGGAACAGGAGGAGCAGGGGGAGUUGGGGGAGCAGGCCGGGAGGGGGGAAGAAAUAGUGUCUUUGCAGCUGCUUUCUCUCGUGGUGGAGGCACUGGCAUGGCCUAUGGUGGUGGUGGUGGCAAAAUUCGGCAUCCUUCAAGCCCCAGAGCAAGUUUCAACGGUUCAGUAUUCUCUUCUGCGGCUGCUGGUGCCAGUGCCGGUGCCGGUGCUGGUGCUGGUUCUGGUGCUAAUUCUGGUGCUGGAAGUGUAGGAACGGGAGGUGGAGGACGAGCAGCAGGCAGCACAGUCGAAGCAGGAAGACCUGGUGCUGCUGCUGUUGAUGCUGCUGGUGCUGCUGGUGCUGCUGCUGGGUCAUCGUGGCAUGCACGUAGCAGGGACGCAGGUGUCUCCCGGGCAUCCAAAAUACCGUUCUGGCCUGUUGGAGGCUCUGUUUCUAUUAACCGUUGAAGAAUGAAGGGGAGAGGGGGAGAGGAGGAAGGGGGUUUGUGGGGAGUGGCAGGCUCGAGAGAGGGAUGCAAUACGGCGGCUGUUCUGGCCCCUAGCUUUUUGCCUCUCACUCCGACUCUCCAUCACCGUCACUCCGGCUCUUCUCCGUCCCUUCUUCCUACCUUACUUUUCUAUUCCCCCUCCCCUCCCCCUCUCUUCCCCCCUUCCUCAUUCUCUCUCUCCGAACCUGGCUCCCACUCUUUCCAUACAUAAGUUGCUCUCGAGCAGGGCUCACCUGACCUGUGCGCAGGUCUGUCGAAAUUGGUUGCCCUGGGAAGUUCCGAUGGCCCCUUGACCAUCAUGGACCACUCCACGCUCCACCCUGAGUGCCAGUCUUUCUUUGAUUUGGGGCCAGUGUAGACGGGCAUUCGUACCCGUUAUACGUGAAGUAGGGCAAGGGUUUUCUUAAUUAAUUAGUCCGCCCUCCCUGCAUGGCUUUUCUCACGGCUAUGACAUAGGCAUCAUGAGGUGUUAGAUUUCCUUGCUAGUUUGACGAUGUUGGUUUGCAUGUAGCUUUUGUUGUUGCCUUGAUGCAACAAGAUAUGUUGUCGUGUGAUACA